CACACGUUCAUUCUUUCUACACGUGUCUUUAUCACUCUCUCUCUCUCUGCCUCGCUUUCUCUCUCUCUCUUUCUCUCAGGGAAAAACCCGAGCAGGAGGAAAGCAGCAGAAGGGGGAGGAGGUGGAGGACUCCUUCUUCCGAUACAGCGACGGCGUCGGCAUCAGGAUAUAUUGGGGAAAAUUAAUUUUAAAAAAAUUCCUUGCAUCUAACCUCCCCGGUGCUGAGCAGCCGAGGGGAAAGAACACGGAUGUGCCUCCGAAAGCGCAGCGGAUACCGCCCUCCGGACCUUAUUAAUGCCAAGAUUCAGAGGUCCGAGGCAGAAGAUGGGAUGACAUGCAUGUGUCCGACCUGCUAACAUCACUGAAGAAUCCUGCACUAACUGACUGCCCACCCUCACGACAUGACGGAUGUACUGUACACAGGUCCCAUCCCCACUGAGCGUGGGGGCGAGCUGGCCAUGGGGAGAGGUCGCAGCGAGACCUCAGCACUGAGUGGGAUAGGAGGGCGGAGGGAUAUGACCACUACCCAGAAUUCCCAGCGACCCAAUGCCUGCUGCUUCUGCUGGUGCUGCUGUUGCAGCUGCUCAUGGAAUGAAGAGGAGAGACGGAGGCGGCGCAGGAAGAAGCAAAUAGCACAGGACAACAACAAAAUGGAGACCAUUCCAAACUCUGAACCUUGCACCAAAGCCUCAGUGGAGGAGAUGAGGCUGUGGUCUCAGUCCUUUGACAAGCUGAUGAGGAACCCAGCCGGUCGGAACGUCUUCCGAGAGUUCCUGCGAACGGAGUACAGCGAGGAGAACAUGCUGUUCUGGUUGGCCUGUGAGGACCUCAAACAGGAGAUCAACAAGAGUGCCGUGGAGGAGAAAGCACGCUCCAUAUACGAGGACUACAUUUCUAUACUGUCACCAAAAGAGGUGAGUCUGGACGCCCGGGUCCGUGAGGUGAUCAACAGGAAGAUGCAGGAACCGACGCCUCACACGUUUGAAGACGCCCAGCUGCAGAUCUACACGCUGAUGCACAGGGACUCCUACCCACGUUUCAUCUCCUCCGGCAUUUACAAGUCACUCGUCCACGGCGGAUCACACUCCUCCUCUGAAUUCUAGUCCUCGCUCUUCGUCCUGUUGUUUUCCUGAUUCCACACUUCGUUCAAGGCCUGGUCCAAAACAUUUCCAAACCUCAGUUCAAUUUUUUUUUACUACACUUAUAAUCUUUCCAGGUACCAAGUAUUUGUUUGGUUGAUUUUUCAUCUGAAACCUCAGAUACUUUUCUUUUUUGUGUGUCUUGUCACACUUUUUUUUUUUGUGAUUAAGUUUAAAAACUUUAUUAAAUUUACGUUGUAUUUCUGUGGCCCGGCAGAACUUUUCAUGUUAACAAGGGCAUUAAUUCGACACUGUAUUUGAAAUGUAACAACCUCCAGUAUGGUUUAAAACCUGUGUGAACCUCCAGUAUCCGCCAGGCUGUGUUUAAAAAGAUAUUUGAUAUUUUUUAACUUUUUUUUUUAACUUUCUUUCAAGCUAAGAGUUCCUUCUGCUCUCUGUUGCUUUCACUCUGUGUUUGUCAGACUUUUUUUCACAUUUUCACCCUUUUUCACCUCAUCGUCGACUGGUGAACGGACACUGAAGUGAUGCUGGAUAUCAGAAGUAUUUUUCUUCAUCUGCUGUUACACGGAGAUGAACUUUUUACUUUGGGAGAAUUUAAUACAUUUCAGCCGGGAGACAAAAAAACCAAUCUACUGUGCCAUGGAUUUUUAAAGAGUUUUUACCACGAUGCUCCUCCCAUCACGACUGUCCAAUCACAUUUGAGAUCGGACUAAGAUCCCCCCCCUACGCCGCCCCUUGUUCUCCUUCCUUCAGUUGCCUCUACUGUAAUUUGGUCCUGACACAAGUCUAAAUGAAACAGCGGGAGUUCAAUCCUGCUGCUUUUCAUUUGUUCAACUGGAAAAAAAAACGGGAUGUCCACUUUACAGACAGAUUUUUUUUUUCAUUUCACUCCAUUUGUUGGACAAAUCAUUUACAUUCUUGUGCUAAACACGGACGAACGGAUGGAUCUGAGUUCAUCUUGACUACUGAUUUACAAACAGACACGUAUUUUGGAGAGAAAACUGUAAAUGGAAAGAUUUCAUUUUUUUUUUUUUUUUUUUUACGUUUCCUUAUUUGUACGAUCCUCCCGUUCUCUCCCAUUCCUGAAUUUUUUGCAAAAUGUGGAGGAUUCCUCUGAGGCUGUACUGACCCCGACCCUGAGCAACAUCACAGACGCUGCAAUAAAACACUGGAGGAAAAAGAAAUUCUACAUUUACAUGCACACAUUCACAUGCUUUGUGUCACUAUACUUGGGACCUGGGAAGUUCUGGUUAGGAUUUUUUAUCUAAACCAAAAUCCAAAAUCGAUCCUUUGGGCUGGUGUAGUGUUGUAAUGUGUAGUGUAAGUAUUUAAUAUAUUUGUCGGAAUAUAAAAAAAUAGAUUAACAAAAAAAGUGAAUUGAUUUUUUUUUUUUUAUGUCAGGGAUCCCCAGCCAUCAGGCCAGGGACCAGUGGAUUAUUAGGUACUGGGCCAUGAUUUUAAUAUAGAUUUUUUUUUUUUUAUGUACGUCUGCAUGGUAUUUUAUUUAAAAAAACAUAACAAAACA